GCAAGCCUCUUCCGUCACAGUUCCCACCCCGCACCAGGGCACACUGUUCCUACUUCCGUAGUCUCUGCCGACCCGUCUCACUAAAUACCCGGUUCCUUUUCUCACUUCUUUCCUUUCUCAGCCGCCUACUACAGACCCUGACCCAGCUUUAUCUGCCAGAUUGCUUUAAGAAACCGCCAAUGUUAGCCACCCACGCUUAGGAGCCUUUGGUACUGGAGGCCUCCUGGAACGUUGAAAGGCGGAAGACUUCUGUAAACUGGAGUCUGCUGAGUGCUAAGCAGUAACACUGAAGAGACCCACAGCAAAGGACAGGCACAAAGACUCUGAGGAAAAUGAAGUUUCCCUGCCUCUCCUUCCGGCAGCCCUAUGCUGGUUUAAUCUUAAAUGGAGUCAAGACUCUUGAGACCCGUUGGCGUCCCUUGUUGAGGAACCAUCAGAAAUGUACCAUCGCCAUCCAUAUUGCUCACAGGGACUGGGAAGAUGAUGCCUGGCAGCAGGUGCUGGUAGAGAGAUUGGGAAUGACAAUGGCGCAGAUUCAGACCUUACUACAGGAAGGAGAAAAAUAUGGCCGAGGUGUGAUAGCUGGACUUGUUGACAUUGGAGAGACUUUGCAGUGUCCCGAAACCUUAACUGCUGAUGAGGUUGUCGAACUGGAAACGCAAGCUGUGCUAACCAACGUGCAGCAGAAGUACCUGACUCCGAUUUCAAACCCCAGAUGGUUACUAGAGCCCAUACCUAGAAAAGGGGGAAAAGAUGUAUUCCAGGUGGAUAUCCCAGAGCACCUGAUCCCUUUGGGGAAGGGUUGGAGCAGUGAAUGCUCUAGAGAACAGUGUCAGGAAAACUAAAUAAUAGCCCUGUCAUUAGUCCAUCAGAGCAUAAACCUCUAAACGUCAGGGGGACUCUAAGCCCCUACUGCCAUGCAGGCUACAUCCCACUCUGUGCUGUUGCCAGACCCAGACUGCUGUGCCAUCAAGAAAGGGGAUAGAAGUGAGGACACCCCUCCUGUGGUGGCUCUGGCAGUGAACCCACAAAGCUUCAAGAACCUUGGCCUUAGGGAAAAGGAAAACUGCCAUGAAAUGACUUUUUGCUGAUGUUCACCUUAGUCCUACUGUUUUCUGAAAUGCAUAAAUAAAUGUGUUGAUGAUAA